UAACAUCCAUUCGCCAGACUCGACCCCAUACAUAGUGCCUGAAUAAAUUUGGGUAGAGGAGCUGUGGCCGGUAAGCAGCUCCCAAUGCCUGGAUUAAACCAUUUGCCUUCCCACACGGAGGGGUGGUCGCCGUGUACAGAACUACAGGAAACGCAGAGGGGUGUGUGCGUACCCAUGCCAGAGACAGCCAUGGCCGACCAACCGCCUCAACACCAGGCUGACCCGCUGCUGACCAAGUUCCACCAAGGGAGCCUCCCCGCCCGGAAGGUGGCCACCAAGGACGGGCUGCACGCCAGGGGGCAGUGGGCCAGCAAGGCCGAGUUCCUCCUGGCCGUGGCCGGACAGAUCAUCGGCUUGGGAAACGUCUGGAGGUUCCCUUACCUCUGCUACAAAAACGGAGGAGGUGUGUUCUUCGUCCCCUACCUGCUGUUCCUGGUGUUAUGUGGCAUCCCCCUCUUCCUCCUGGAGACCUCGCUGGGACAGUACACCAGCCUGGGAGGGGUCAGCGCCUGGAGGACAAUCUGCCCACUGUUCGGAGGUCUGGGCUACGCGAGUCAGGUGAUGAUCCUGCACGGCUGCGUGUACUACAUAGUCAUCCUGGCGUGGGCUCUCUUUUACCUGUCCUACAGCUUCCAGGCGGAGCUGCCGUGGUCGCACUGUAACAACACGUGGAACACUGACGCGUGUGUCUUGUUCCACCACCACAACCAGACGACCAACGCGAGCAGCCUGCCCGAGAACGCCACUUCCCCCGUAAUGGAGUUUUGGGAGCGGGAAGUGCUCCGCCUGUCCGACACUUUAGAUGAGCUGGGUCCCAUCAACUGGAAGCUGGCUCUGUGUCUGGCCGUCGUCUGGCUCGUCUGCUACUUCUGCGUCUGGAAGGGAGUCAAGUCGACGGGGAAGGUGGUGUACCUGACGGCCACCUUCCCAUAUGUCAUGCUGUUUGUGCUGCUGGUGCGCGGUGCCACCCUGCCCGGAGCCGUCCAGGGCAUCGUCUACUACCUCAAACCCAACCACACGCGCCUGGCAGACCCACAGGUGUGGAUGGACGCUGGCACCCAGAUAUUUUUCUCUUACGGGAUCUGCCUGGGGAGUCUCACGGCCUUGGGCAGUUACAACAAAUACAACAACGAUUGCUACAAGGAUUCUUUCAUGCUGUGCCUCCUGAACAGUGCCACCAGUUUCCUGGCGGGUUUCGCCAUCUUCUCUGUGCUGGGCUUCAUGGCCGAGGAGCAGGGCGUUGAUAUAUCCACCGUGGCCGAGUCAGGACCGGGCCUCGCCUUCAUCGCCUACCCCAGGGCUGUAUCCAUGAUGCCCCUGCCCCAGCUCUGGUCCGUCUGCUUCUUCCUCAUGAUCAUCAUGCUGGGGCUGGACACUCAGUUUGUGAGCCUGGAGGCCCUGAUGACGUCCGUGGCCGACCUGUACCCUCAAGUGAUCCGGCGGGGCCACCGCAGAGAGCUGCUGCUGCUCCUCGUCUGCAUCGUCUGCUUCCUGGUCGGGCUGGUCAUGGUCACGCCGGGCGGUCUCUAUGUGUUCCAGAUCUAUGAUCACUUCUCCUGCAGUGGAGCCAGCCUCCUGCUUCUCUCCAUCUUCCAGUCUCUGGCCAUCGGCUGGGUUUACGGAGCCAAGCGCUUCAGUGCCAACAUCCAGGAUAUGACCGGCUACAGCCCCCUGCCUGUCUUCCAGCUGUGCUGGAAGUACUUGACCCCCGCUGUGUGCACCGCCACCUUUAUUUUUUCCCUGGUGUGCUGGUCUCCACUGAGCCUUGUGAAAGGACUGGUCGCUCCGGUUUGGGCCACCACUCUUGGCUGGAUUCUUACCCUCUCGUCCGUUUCCCUGCUUCCCAUCUGGGCCAUCUACGCCCUGGUCACCACCCCUGGAACCCUGCCACAGCGUUUCCAGCGUCUGUGCAGCCCCACCAAAACCUCACCGCUGACCUUCGAGCACCUCUCCGCCAAUGGUUCAGCGCUAACCUACAGCCCUGCGCUGCAGCUCGCAGCCAAACAGCCGAUCGUAAGGAGCGUCCGAGACCAGAAGACCUGAUAACGAUUAACAGCAAUGUAACACUGGUUGCCGCUCAGUCAGUCUGUCAGUCGGGGGUGGCGGACAAGAGGGUUGAAGGUCCGGAUUCUCCUUCGUAUAAAUUUAUAGUAAAUAGAUUGUAACCGCUCGACUUAUAUAUCAAACGCGGCCGCGUUCAGCUGACUCUGUAAAGCGCCAUUUUUAGCAUCGCACAGCCCGCUGCACCCAGGUCUGCCAUUUGACCCAAGAUUCAGGGGUUUUUCUUUCACAAAUAUUUAUAUUCAUUUGGUUAUUACAUUACAUUUACUGUCAGCCUGCAAAAUAUAUAUAUAUAUGUAUGUAUACAUAUAUAUAUAUACACAUGUAUGUGUGUGUAUAUAUAUAUAUCAAUCAAUAUCUGUGACGACUCACGCGAUCAUGAAAAACUUCAUUCAAAGAGUCUGACUGAUAUCGCUCAACUGGUGUUAUCGGGCCGAUACUAGCUCAUAACAGCUAUCACUAAAAUUAAUGGUUAAAAAAAUAACAAAAAUUCACAGAGCACAAAUAAAUACAGUUCAUAUAGAAAGUAGCUUAUUUACAUAUUUUUACAUAGCUAUAGUGAUAGAUAUAGAUUGUCAGCCGAUACACUCCUGAAUGAAUGAUACUCGCUAUAAUCAACCCCAGAGAUCUGGUAUCAAUCUAGUUCUACUCAACUCAAAUGAGAAGAGGUUAUCUGUAUCUUUAUAUAUUCCUGGUUAUGACUGGUUAUGGCUCCAGGUAUCCACACAUAAAAGUCGGACUCCUUAUAUCAUGAAACUCAGAUAUCUGACUGGUAAUGUUGACCAUUGCUGCCUGAAUGCGCCGGUUGUUUUGCUUGAGAAGAGCUUCCUAAGAGGGUCCGGACCUGAAUCGGGACACGGUUUAGUUUACCUUUCAGACCAGCUGCCACACCCUGUUCCCCCCCGGCUGCCAGUGUUGGUAUUGCAACGUAGCAUAUACUCCCAAAUCUUAACCGUUUACUUUCAUUACUAUACACCUUUUAGCCUCUUUUUUUUUUGUUGUUUUUUUAUUUUAUUUUUUUUAUUUACUGUCACUGCGCUCGAGGACCAUGUGAUUACAGCCUCUACAGGCUUUCGAUGGCGCAGGAUGCAAACUAAGCACUUAGCCCAUGUUUCCCUUGUUUUCUUGUUUUGCCAGCAGUUCUGUAUCCUCUCUAUGAGAGAUUGAGUGUUCACCGCUCCGUUUAGCUUCUGAUUCUCCACUAAACAUGUCUGUCGAUUUAUUUCGCAUUACGCAUUCAUCAUCUGAAAUGACUCCAUGAGUUAGACGUUUAUACAAAGUGAUAUAUAUCUGUUUUAAUUUUAUUUUAUGCUCUGUUGUUACGUGCUCUGUGUCAUGUCGUGGGGUUGGAAUUAUUCAUAGCACGCCUUACAUCCAGACCAAGUGGAGCAAAAAUGCACUAGUUGCAUUACCAAAUAUACAAUUUUUAAUUUUUUUUCAUUUUACUGACAGACGUCUACACUCAACGGAACGACUGAAACGUGCAGUCUGCUUCUUAACGCAUGCGAUCAUGUCGCGGUUGCAGGUGUAGACACAUUAGGUGGCGUUUUUACAAUAAGUAAGGCAUUAUUUUUUCAUCUUUGCACUGUAAUUCACCAAGCUGGGAGACAUGCAAUCACACAAUCUGAAACAGCAUUUCGUCGCUGUCCGAUUAAAAAAACACAUGUAUACAACAUUUUACCCUAGCAACUGACACAUUCAGUAUCUAUAUGACCGAUGGAACGAUGCUUUAAGACGCAAUCUAUUUAAAAUGUAUCUCCAUUGGAUGUCAGAAAUGUCAGUCAAAAAUUAUGCAUGAAAAAAAGAAAUUUGGAGAUACGUGUUUUUCAUCGGACAGCGACAAUUUAACAAUAUUGCUGCUAAAGAACUAUGACAACAUACACACACAAAUAUAUAUGUAUAAAAAAUAUUUUUCAGUUUAUUUUUGUUUGACAGCUCUGCCACUCUGUUGUGAUUCUCUUUCACUGUAACAUUUAAACGACGUGGUAAUAUGCCGUUGCUCUUAAAGAAAAAGGUUCAGUUUUUAAAAGUGGAAAACUCAGUAGAAUCUGUCUUUUUUUUUCAUUUCACUGAUGCAUAAAGCUUUAAACAAAAGAAUCAAUCAAUGCACAAAGGGUAAUAUGUUUUGAUUAAGCUACGGUGUUGGACUGGAGGACGCUUUAAUAAUUUACAAACUGCUUUCGUUAUGA